UUAUUGCAUUCUUAAAGUGUUCCUGGUAUUCCUCAAAAAUUCUGCACGAAAAGCUGACUGUGCCAUGGCUUCUAAUUUAACAGUUCCUCCGUCGUCUUUAAAUAGAAUAAAUUGGAGGGAUGAAAGACACCAAGAAAAUGGGUAUAAUCGUGAUGCUCAAUGCUGCAAAAGAAAGUACAUGCCUUAUUAUAUAACAAUCCUGUUUCUCACUCUGAUAUUAAUAUCCAUAUUUCCGGAACCGAAAAUAGGAUUGAUUCUGUUAAUAUUAUUCGUUAUUUUGUUACUUUUAAUAUUUUGGAUCAAGAAUCCUAUCCCUGUGCUUCGUGACGGCUUCAGAAAAAUAUCAUGUUGCAAAGCUGGUGAUCCACCACUACCGCCUCCGGUUCAUGUGUGAUCAUUCAAGUGACGAACACUGAACGAAACAUUCAUCUGAGGUGUUUCGAUCGGAAUCUAGAUGACUACGAAUUUUUACGAUUUUGUUAAAUAAGAUUUUAAAUUAACUUAAUCCUUUUUAUAGA